UUGUUUAAAACUGAAUUCAAAAUAAACGAAAAUCGGAGGAAAUUUAUCGGCCGUUAAUUGAUAUUUGUAUCCUAUCCUGUUGCAUUGCUAAUCGUGGAGGACUAAAAAUGAAACUGUUGGUGAAAUUGUUUAUUUAUUUGACAAUUAUUGUCAUUAUUACUGUGCUCAGCCAAGCCGACUUGACGCAGGCUAAAGCUAUAAAUGGAAUGGCCGAUUUGAUGGGAAUGGAUGAACCUCCAGAAAAAGUACCAGAGUUUGAAUCAUCUAUUCCAAGGAUGCGUCGUGAUGUUGAUCCUCAAGCUGCCGAUGAUGGUGAUAUACCAAAGGAAGAGCCUAAGGCAGAUGCCCGUUUCAGAACUCGCCGUGAAACUCCACCUGGAGAAUCGGACAAGCCAAAAGAGUUCCAAGAAGAACCUAAAAUGCAUCGCGCAAAACGUCAAAUGCCGUCUCCACCUGGAGAGAUGCCGAUGCCACCAAUGUAAAGCAACGUUGAAGAACCAUUAUUCUAUCAUUAAAAUGAUAAUUAUUAUUUUUAAUACUUUAAAUCUUAUAAUAUUUGAUCAGGGACCGUAUGAAUAAAAUAUAAAAACAAAAAAAGCAAUAUUUAAAAUGAA